AUGUGGUCCUUUUUCUCACGGGAUCCAGUCAAAGACUUUAACUAUGAAAUUAUACCUGACACUCAAGAGCAAUCCGGAAUAUGGACUCUACACCGGGGCAAGAGAAAGACCACUGGGGAGCCAGUGUCAAUUUUUGUGUACGAGGUGGCCCAAGGAACCGAAGAACAAACGCAACUGGCCAAAGCAGCAUUUAAGCGCAUGAAGACACUGAGACAUCCAAACAUCCUGGUCUACGUGGAUGGGCUUGAGACAGAGAAAAGCUUAUAUGUGGUCACUGAACCAGUAACGCCGCUUCCUACACACCUGAAGACGAAGGCUGAGAAAGGAGGAUCUGGUGAACUGGAAGUGUCAUGGGGACUCCAUCAGAUAGUGAAAGCCUUGAGUUUUUUAGUGAACGACUGCCACCUCCUCCAUAAUAACCUUGGGAUCUGGGCUGUGUUUGUGGACCGGGCGGGCGAAUGGAAACUGGGAGGAUUAGAUCAUGUGACCUCACAGCAGGGUGAUACCACCUCCUUACCCCCAGCUAAAGUAGUGAACCCCGACAUGGAGAAGUACGAUCCGCCCGAAAGCCCUAACAGCAGUGGAGAGAAAUGGGCAGGGGAUGUAUGGCGACUUGGCUGUCUCAUUUGGGAGGUGUUCAAUGGCGCGCUGCCACGUGCAUCCUCACUGCGCUCUUUUGGCAAGAUCCCAAAGCAGUUAGUUCCUCAUUACUGUGAGUUGGUAGGGGCGAAUCCAAAGUCCCGACCCAACCCGGCCCGUUUCCUGCAGAACUGUCGCGCUCCCGGAGGUUUUCUAUGCAACAGUUUUGUGGACAGUAACCUCUUUCUGGAGGAAAUACAGAUAAAGGAGCCAGCAGAGAAGCAGCAGUUUUUUCAGGACCUGAGCGAAAAUUUGGACUCCUUCCCUGAAGAUUUCUGCAAGCACAAAGUGCUGCCUCAGCUCCUCACCGCCUUUGAGUACGGCAAUGCGGGCGCUGUGGUCCUAACACCUCUUUUUAAGGUUGGGAAAUAUCUUUCUGCUGAGGAGUACCAGCAGAAAAUCAUUCCAGUCAUCGUGAAGAUGUUCUCAUCCACCGAUCGGGCGAUGAGGAUACGACUUUUGCAGCAGAUGGAGCAGUUUAUUCAGUACUUGAAUGAGGCCGCAGUGAACUCUCAGAUCUUUCCACACGUUGUUCAUGGUUUUACAGACACAAAUCCAGCCAUCAGAGAACAGACCGUAAAGUCUAUGCUUCUGUUGGCGCCAAAGCUGAAUGAGACCAAUCUGAACCAGGAGUUAAUGAAGCACUUUGCCAGGCUGCAGGCGCGGGACGAUCAGGGGCCAAUCCGCUGCAACACCACCGUCUGUUUGGGAAAGAUCGCCUCCUAUCUCAACGCAGGGAUGCGUCAGCGAGUGCUGAUCUCAGCGUUUUCCAGAGCCACUAAAGACCCAUUUCCAGCCUCACGGGCCGCGGGGGUUCUGGGUUUCGCUGCCACGCAUCACUAUUACAGUGUGUCUGAGAGCGCCACACGGAUCCUGCCCACACUGUGCACCCUCACUGUCGACCCUGACAAGAACGUUCGAGACCAGGCAUUUAAAGCCAUUAAGAGUUUCCUAAGUAAGCUGGAGACUGUCUCAGAGGACCCGUCUAAGUUGGCCGAAAUAGAAAAAGAUGUGAGUGCCUCUGCCCAAGCGGCCGGUUCUGCUGCGUCGUGGGCGGGCUGGGCCGUGACAGGUGUUUCCUCUCUCACCUCCAAACUCAUCCGAAACACGCCGGGAGGCACCGAGGGGGCGCCGUCAGAAAGCACGCCUGCCGCAGAGCCAAACACAGGGACACCUGCGACAGUCAAAGGCCCGGACACAAAAGCGCUUGGUCCCAGUCACCCUUCCACAGCCCCUGCUCCAGCUGACCAGAUGUCACAUGAGACAGAGGAGGCAGAGGAACCAGUAGGAGAUCGAUGGGAUGAUGAGGACUGGGGAAGCCUUGAGGACCCGGAGAAAGUACAGACUGAUCCAGAUGACUGGAACUCUGAUUGGUCAGCAAUGUCGUCAGCACAAAAGAAGACCAGUCAAAAAGGGGGUGGUCGGACUUCCUCUCAGGCCGUGAAAAAGCAGAGUUCUGAUUGGAGCAGCUCCGGUUGGGAUGCUGACGACAGCUGGUCCAAUGAAAAAGACGUGGAGGGUCAGGGUCAGAGUUCACCCGGAGACGAAGGCUGGGGUAACGAAUGGGAUGAAGACAGCAGUUUAGCCGAGAGCUUCGCUCCAACGCCACGGAAUGCGACCUCAGGGACCUCAUCUUUCAUCCCCAAAAGUGCCAGUCAGGAGGGUGUACGAUUGGCCAGUGACUAUAACUGGGACAGUGCAGGAGGGAAAGGGACGACUCAAAGUGAUUUAUUUGCCAGUGUGUCACAGAGGGCAGCCCCCGCCACAUCCACGAAGGCUGCUGACGGCUGGGGAGCGGAUGCUGCUGGAGACUGGGGCACAGAAGACAACUGGGAGUCACUGGAUGGUGAUCAGGGCCUGAGCAAGGCGGAGUUAGCCAAGAAAAAACGAGAGGAGAGGAGGAAGGAGCUGGAGGCCAAACGCGCAGAGCGCAAGGCGGCUAAAGGUCCCCUCAAACUGGGCGCCCGCAAACUGGACUGAGUGAGGGAAGAUUCCAGAACUGAACGGGAGCCUGAGCGCUCUUGACCGGUCGCCGACCGUAGCAGGGGUGGAAGAGAACCAGGUAGCUCAAAACAAACAUUCCAGGAGACUGGAGCCGGGAAAGAGAAGCAAACGUGGAAGAGCUAUAGACAUGCCGAGCUUUCUUUUCUCUCACUGACGAAGAAUCGCGAGUGAUAACAGCAGUGUCAAGACUGUCGUCCGCCGGGUAUCUGAUUGUGGCCUCAGAACAGACAGCACAUCCUCAGUUAAAACAUUUAAACAUGUUUUUCUCCUCACAUUACCACAUGCUACCAUAGUUUGUUUGUUUUUUUUUAUGUUAAAAAUAUUACCAUAGUUUGAAUCUGCCAGUGCACAUUUGUUGGGGAAAUGGCAUCAGGAAUCAAAGCAAGAUUUUUUUUUUUUUUAUUGUUGUGGAAAGAAAAUCGUGUGUACACAUAAAUAUAAACAUCCUGGUAUGUAUGUAUGUAUGCUGAAUGUACACUUAAUACUGUACGCUUGGGAAAACCUUGAAUGUUUAAGAAGAGCUAAGACAAUGAUUCAGAUGGUAGACACACAAUUGGACCUUUGUCCCAGGGCCACCCCAGUGGUUUUCCUCUGCAUGUAUUGUCAUAUUCGAGUAUUACCAAGCCUCAGAUACAGAGAGGAUGCUCAUAUCCGCACCCCCUCAGUGCUAGGUCGUACUAAAAAAUAAACCCUUGUCUGCCGCAAUAGGCAUUAAAGGGGCAGUCUCUUUGCCAUAAGGUUGGUGGUUAUCUCCUGCUAAGGUUUGUGCCUUUUCUUUUCCCGUCUUUGACAUGAAAGUGACUUUUUAAUUCUUAUCAAGUGGUCUGGGUCUUGAAGCCAGAAUCUGGUGCAAUAUUUGAAGAGGUAAGUCAUGUAUAAUGUG